AUGAUUCGUCUGGUGGCAUUGAUUCCACUACUGUUCCAUACCUCCCAGGCGGAUAUCUGUGCUUACUGUUCCUGUGACCGCCAUGCCAAAUCGGUGACCUGUAACUCACCCACACUGCUUAUUCGAACCGUUUCACUGCUUCCAUGGAUCGAGCAGGUCCACCUGAUCGACCUUAAUCUACCCUAUCCUCCACACUUCCUAUUCCAUCCUGCUCUUCGGGUAUUACGCAUCAACCGCUGUGGAUUACAGUCCCUCUCGGCUCAUUCGCUACUGCCUCUGCCUAAUUUGGAGGUGCUGAAUUUGGCUGACAACCACCUGGACGCUUUACCCACAACUGCUCUCCGGAGUCUAAAGCAUCUCCGGGUUGUCAAUUUGGCCAGAAAUCGGCUCGCAAAUCUGUCACUGUUUUCGCCUGUCCUGGCCGAGAACGUCGUACUGGAACAGCUUGACCUCAGCGGAAAUCCCAUUGCCCUCUCCACAAGGGCCGCAUCUCUGCCACCAUCCGAACAGCUCCUGCUGUCCUCCGCGAAUCUGGCCUUUAUCAACUCUUCUGCUAUCGUCUUCCAGCCCUCUACAAUCUGUCCAAUGGAUGUCGGCUGCCGUAUUUUGCCAAUCUCGACUGCUGAAUUCAGUCGCCUCAAUGCUUUCGAUGUUUCGAAUAAUCGGAUUAAAAUCGACAUUUCGGCUCUCACUGCCCUCACCAAUGCCAGCCAUCUCGACUUUUCCUACACCCACCUGCCACCUUCAUUCAUCAAUUGGCUUGUGGAUGACAGCCGAGCCAAAUCGCUGAAUCUGUCCCAUGCCGAGCUGCACCUGAUGGACGAAAGCUGGUCAGCAUGUGGUCGUAAUUUGAAGACGUUGGAUAUCACCGGUCUUCGACUCAAGCGACUCCAUCUCCUUAAGAACUGCGUUCUAACUACCGUAUUCGCUAGAGAUAAUCUGAUCGAGACCAGCUGGCUUGAAGCAGUCUCACUCGAGGAACUCCAUUUGGACAGAAAUCUUUUCACUGAUUGGCCUGUUCUGCCUCCAGGAGUGGCCCUCGACCGACUUCGCUCUCUGACUCUUUCGUCCAACCUGCUCACCGCUUUACCCCCACAUGCACUGUCCCAAUUCCCAAAUCUGCAACAUUUGGAUGUGUCUAGGAAUCAGAUCAGUGAAAUAGAUCAUCUUGCAUUUCCCACGUUGGGGAUGCAACUCGUCUCUAUUGAUCUGUCUUUUAAUCAAUUAUCGAUCCUUCCACAUCCUGUACUACCCUCAUUGAUUUAUCUGGAUGUGUCCAGUAAUAACCUCGUCACGAUGGAUUCUGCCCUAUUCGCUGGUCUGCCAUUACUUCAACAUCUGAAACUAGCCAAUAAUCCACAGAUCUUUACUCGAUGUGAGGAACGAUGCUGGUCUGAUCAUUUGGACGAAUUGACCGGCCUAAUCGACUUGGAUCUGUCCUACUGUGAUCUCUCCCGAGCCCUGCAUCUAUCACAUCUCCAAUCACUGCGGACUCUAUUGCUCCGAGGGAAUCAGAUUGUCACUAUGAACGCUGCCGACUUGCCUCCCAACCUGACCACCCUGGAUCUGGGAGAGAAUCGUAUACAUUUCACUAGGAAUUUCUCCCGACUACGUUCGCUUCGGGACCUACGGAUCGACACGAAUCCACUGCGAUGCGAUUGCAGUCUUCACGAUAUCGUUCCACAUCUUCUGAAUCAGUCCCAGAUAACCGAUCCACAGCUUUACUACUGUUUUUCUGGUUCAUGGCAAUACCCGUUGCUGCCGUAUCUCACUGGAAUCACCCCAUGUCGGAACCCAAGUACCCAAUUCAUCCCGGUUCUCCUGAGUACAUUUGUUUUUUCGAUCAUUAUCAUUUGUUUACUUUUAUUAGCUGUAAUCGGAUAUAAACGUUAUGCGCCAUUGAUGAGCCAUGCCUAUCAACGAUUAGCCACCGAUUUCCCGACUCGAUUGUAG